AUGGGAGUCCGCUCUUUUGCAUCAGGGGCCGGUGCUAAGAGCACACAGGAGGACGAUGAUGACUUGGAUGAUGGUUUUUCCGAACUCGAAACCCCAGUUGAUUCUGCAGAUGGUGAUGAUGAUCUUGCAAAGUCAGAUCUAUCUGAAGAGGAGGAUUUGCAGACUGAGUUGGAAGCAUUAGGGGAUGUUGCAGAAAAGAUCUCGUCUAAGAAACGAGGUUUAUCAGCAAUGACUAAAACUAUUCUAGACUCACCCAGUAGUAUGUCUUUGAGCAAAGUUCUGGAUGAAUGGGUUGGGGAAGGAAAUGAGGUGAACCAAACCGAAGCUGCAUUGACCAUGCUUCAUCUUCGGAAAAGAAGAUUGUUCGGCAAGGCCUUGGAGUUUUCUGAAUGGCUUGAAUCGAGAAAACAUUUCGAGUUCUCUGACAAAAACUACGCCUCCCGAGUCGACCUGAUUGCCAAAUCACGCGGCAUCUACAAAGCUGAAAACUACAUCAGCAAGAUCCCACAACCCAACAGGGGCGAGCUCGUUUACCGUACCCUUCUUGCUAACUGCGUCUCGGCCAAUCACGUCAAGAAAGCCGAGGAAACUUUUAACAAGAUGAAAACCCUUGGCCUGCCCAUCACUUGCUUCUCCUGCAACCAGCUCCUUCUCCUCUACAAACGCACGGACAAGAAAAAAAUAGCCGAUAUCCUUCUCCUAAUGGAAAAAGAAAACAUAAAACCCUCUGCUUUCACUUACCAAAUCCUUAUCGACGUAAAGGGCCAGUCGAACGAUAUACCAGCCAUGGAGCAAGUUGUGGCCCAAAUGAAAGCUGACGGGGUCGAACUCAACACACAGAUCCAAGCAUCCAUGGCCCGACACUACGCGGAACAUGGGAUUAAAGACAAAGCAGAGGCCAUCUUAAAGGAAAUUGAAGGCGAAAGCUUAGAGAAAAACCGCUGGGCUUGCCAUUGGCUGAUGCCAAUCUACGCCUCUCUUGGGCAAGAGGAUCAAGUCGAGCGAAUAUGGAAAGUCUGUGAAGAAAACCCUCGGGUCCUCGAGUGCUUGACGGCAAUCAAAGCAUGGGGCCAGCUGAAGAAAAUCGAGAAAGCCGAGGAGGCUUUUGAACAGCUGUCGAAAAAGGUGAAGAAGCCAAACUCGAAGCACUUCACGGCCUUGCUUCGGGUGUACGCGGACCAUGGAUUGCUGGCUAAAGGGAAAGAGCUCGUGAGGCGAAUGGGGGAAAGUGGAUGCCAGCUGGGCCCGCUGACAUGGGAUGCAAUUGUGAAGCUUUAUCUCGGGGCUGGUGAGGUGGAAAAGGCUGAUUCGGUUUUGGGGAAGGCUGUGGGGGGGCAGAAGAAAGGGGGAAAACCGUUGUUUUCGACUUAUCUGGCGAUAAUGGAGGGUUAUGCGGGGCGUGGAGAUGUGCACAAUGCGGAGAAGAUUUUAACUAUGAUGAGGCGUGUUGGGUACUUGUCGAGGCUAAAGCAGUACAAGACAUUGGUGGAGGCGUACGUGAAGGCUGGGAAGCCGGCGUAUGGAAUGAGUGAUAGGUUGAAGGCGGAUGGGGUUUUCCCGAACAGGGUUUUGGGGGCGUUGCUGGCUAAGGUGGACCCGUUUAGGAAGACGCCCGUGUCAGAUUUGCUCGAGUGA